AUGGCGGCAGGCCUGAGAACAAUCAUCUCCCUUUCUUUCGUCCUCGCAAUUGGCUUUCUCCUCGUCAUCCUCUCCGCCGCCCUAUGGCACAACUACCUCCCCCUCCUCGUUGUCGCUACAUACGUAAUCGCCCCGCUACCGAACUGGAUAUGCGGCCGCUGCGCAAAUCCAGAUGACUUCAUGGAGAGCGCGGGGAACACCGUGGUCGACUUUGGCAGGUGGUGUACGGGCUUCCUGGUUGUGAUGGGGAUUGCCCUUCCGACCCUUCUGGCGCAUAGCGGUGCCAUCCGAGUCCCCGCAAUGGUCAUGUCGAUUCUGGGCGGUCUCUUAAUAUACGUCACCAUCAUCAGUUUCUCUAUAUUUUUCCAGGAGCAAGAAGAUUUCUAA